GUGGCGGUAAGCAGUCAGUGUUGCAAAAUUUACAAGAUGGGACAAGAGGAAGAAAGACGAACGGCAAGGGUGACCGUGACGGAACUGAACGACUUUCUUCGGACACCCCCGAGGGGCUUUUCGGUGACUAAAACUGAGAGUGAACCCCUUCGCUGCAUCGUUCGCGGGGACCCCGACACGAACCUUCUGCUAGCCGACCCCUGUGAGACAUCCGCGGGCAGCGUUGUCUUCCACGGCUCGCUAGGCAGGAAUGUCACAUUGAGAAACUUGUGGCAGUACAGCGACUUCCGGAGGAGCUUGGUGUCCAAAAACCUUUUCCUGGUGGUGGCCGCACGCACUUCUCAAUUCGCCGAAGAGGUCGCAAGGCACUACGUGGUGUGCGUGCACGGUGCCAACCCUGUGGUCCGGUGGCACAUGGAUGCUGCUCUGGAUCAGGCCAUCUCAACGGUGGCGGGCGAAAGCUACGUGAUGGAGGUGGACCUGACUAAGACGUUGGACGUGUGGGCGGCCCGCAACAUGGCUGGAUCCAGACCAGAGUGGGUGAACGCCUCAUUCGUGCUCAAGUACCACUCGGACGCACUCUUUGACUUCCCGUACUGGCUUGGAUUCAGCAAGAGAAAGUUCGAGUUACAGCUGAUCUAAAAUGGGCGCUUCACUGACUCCGAUGGGGAAAUGAGAUUGGACGCCGCCUCCCAGGAAGCCUCGAGGAAAACCUAAUAUGACUUGAAAGCUUAUUCAGUCAACCUAUAUUUAUGGCCCAACCAAGUAAUCGGUCGAUAUCAGUCCUUUUUAAAUCAGUCCCAAAAAUAUUUUACUCUUUUAUUUUUUUUUUAAACAUCAUUACCUGCAGUGACGACGAUAGACGUCAAUCCAUUUUUCUGUGAAUGAUCAUGCCUAUCAAUGUCAGCUUUUUUUUUUUUUUUUUUUUUUUACAUUGGCAGAAAAUUUGCCCGAUUCUUGCCAAUUUUUACUCUUAACAUUAAGUCAGUAGCUAACUGCUCUAAAAAUGAACUUUUUUUUUUUUUUUUUUUACAUUGACUACAGAGUAAAUUUGUCAUAUUACCACUCAAAACACAACAACAUAUGGAAACACGUCAAUAACUUUCCUACGGUUUUACUGCUUUUUAUGUGAUUUAAUUAAUUAACUCAUUAGCUGCCAUUAAUGGCGACGAAUGUCGAAUUAAUUUUGACCAGGUGGGGGGAAAUGAUAACCAUAUUUUUCGGACUAUAAGCCGUUACUUUUUUCUCACCGUUUUUACCCUGCGGCUUUUAUAAGGAAGCGGCAUAUAUAUGGAUUUUUAAUUUUUAAAAAAAAUUUUUAUUAUUAUUUUACAAACGAGCUUCAUAUUUUCUUGUUAGAAAUUGCAACAAAAAAAAAUCCCAAUUAAACAUGUUUUUAAAAGAAUGGCUUUCCAAACUUUGCCACGACAUAGCUCUCAACUGCUCCACGAGCACCAUGAAGCUUGUCAGAAGCUCGUCAGACUUACCCAAAAACUCAUAAUUUCAUAGAUAAAUAUGGCUCCAUUUGGUACUAUAUGCGGCUAUAAAAGAACAAUUUUAUAUGGAUGGGCUUCCUAUAUAUGCUACGACAAGAGAACGCGAUACUAGCGUCGAUUAGCCGUUUUCAACUGACACUCAGAGGACUUUAUUGCUACAGUAUGCUAAGUAUGCUACAACAGAUUUGCUAUAUAAGGGCUAGCGCUAGCUGUUAACUGUUUAGAAGGCAAGGUAAAGUGGAUCUUUGCAAAUGUAGUGACCUGUUUUUUAAAGUUAGUUUUUAAGCACUCAGACAAAACAAAUUUGUGAUGUUGAUGCGUGUUUAUCUGGUUAAUAUAUUUUUGAUCAAAUAUUUCCGUGUAACAUCUAUGUAAAUAUUAUAAUAUAUAAUACCUUUUAAUAUAAGAUAUGGAUACCUGCGGCUUAUAGUCAGAUACGGCAUAUAUAGGGAUUUAUAUUUUAAAAAUUGUGAAAUUUGGCCGGUGCGGCUUAUAAUCAGGUGUGCUUUAUAGUCCAGAAAUUAUGGUAGUUCAUUUGGCAAUAGACUUCAAGUCAAAAUAGAUUGGACAUGCAUCACCGUCAGUGGCACUAAAACAUGAUCAUUCAAUGCCAUCUGUCCCAGUUCAAAUGGAUUUGACGUCUAUCGCAGUCAGUGGCAGCUAAUUAGUUACCCCUAUCCCCAAAAAUAUUUUUCUAAUUCAUGAUGUACUUAAAAUGAAUCGACCGAUUAAUUGGUUAUCGGUAUUUCACUUUGCCAUAUAUCGCAUAUACAGUCAGGCCCUAGUAGUUUUAUAUUAUCAUUGUACUGUAAAAUGAAUGUGAAGCUUUGCACUGAUGCAUUUUUAUACUGUUUUUAUAAGAUGUUCAAAUAAAAUGAGGAAAAAAAGGUGCUUUGUUGUCACUUAAAAGAUAAGAACAACUUUAUCACGUGCAUUCCAGCAGAAAGAAUCUUUUUUAAUAUAUUGAAAAAACUAAAUAGAAUUUUUCUCAUGUGGUAGUAGAGAGGAAUGUAAAUAAAAGGCAAUAUUUCCAGGAAGUGGCCUCCUGAUACAGGAACAGAUGUUUUCCUUGUUAAAUUGUUAAACCAGCAAAUCCAAAUUGUUAAGGAUUCGACUUCUUAACUGGUUAUCUGUAAGUGAUUGACCCUUACGGGGGCUUUAGAUGAAUUCAAGUGUUUUAAUGGGCUCUCGUGCGGACGUACAUACAUGUACACCACAAAGUUUAUUUUGUGGACUGAUGAAACCAAAGUUGAAUUGUUUGGGAGUAACACACAACGUCAUGUGUGGAGGAAAAAAUUGAACAGCUCACCAACAUCAACACCUCAUCCCAACCGUAAAGCAUGGUGGGCGGAGCAUCAUGAUUUGGGGCUGUUUUGCUACCUCAGGGCCUGGACAACUUGCAGUCAUUAAUGGAAGAAUGAAUUCAAAAGUUUAUCAGGAUGUUUUGCAGGAAAACCUGGGCCCUUCUGUCAGACAGUUGAAGCUAAAAAGAUGAUAGAUGUUACAAUGAUCCAAAACAUAGGUGUAAAUCAACUUCAGAAUGGUUACAGAAGAGCAAAAUAUAUGUUCUGGAGUGGCCAAGUCAAAGUCCAGACUUGAACCUCAUUGAGAUGCUGUGGCAUGACCUAAAGACAGUGAUUCAUGCCAAGCAACCCAGGAAUCUGACUGAACUACAGCAGUUUUGUAGAGAAGAAUGGGCCAUGGUUAGUCCUGAUCGAUGUGCCAGACUGAUCUGCAGCUACAGGAACCGUCUGGUUGAAAUUAUUGCUGCCAAAGGGGGGCUCCACAAAAUAUUAAAUGUGAUGGUUCACUUACUUAUUUUUCCCCCUUCUGUCAUUGUUUGCAUACUGUCCCCAUUAAAAUAUGAA